ACGUGGCAGAGCCGCCGAGCAGAGCCGCUGACGGAGAGUCCCGGUCCGAGAGAGUCACACGGCAGCAGCACGGAGACGGAAAGAAAGCAAGAAAGUCACGGCGCCUUCCCGAACUACUAGCGUGACCCGUCUGCACUGGAAACAUGGCCUCUAAUAACGGCUCGGCCGGGAAGUGGGAGGUGGUGAAGAAAGGGAGGAAAAGUAACCCGGGAGGAGGAAAGUCCGGCGGGGGAAACGGAGCACGGAAAGCCCUGGGGGAGUCCAACCAACCGUCCAGACCGCCCAUCAAGAUGUCCGAGACGCUGUUCGACGGUUUCGAGAAGGUGGGGAAGAAGCAGAACAAGGAGCAGGUCCCACCGCCAGCGGAGCCUCAGAGCAAGAAGCCCCCAUCAAACAAAACGUCCAAAAAAUCCCAGCCCAGCAGCACGACCCCGCCUACAAGGUACAAAACCCUGGAGGAAGCCGUCAAAGCUCUGGAUAUUGUGGACCUGAAGCAGCAGCUGGCCCAGAGUCAGACCCUGUUCCCAGAAAACCCGUCCGUCUGGGUCAAGGACCUGGCAGGAUACCUCAACCUGAAGCUGACGGCGCCGGACAACGGGCCCACACUCAGCAGCUACGCUUCUGACUAUCCAUACUGCCUUAUAGGGAAGGAGCUGCGGGGUGUCAUCAAAGGCCUGGUCGGACGCUGCGGCAACGUUCUGCCUGAUUUCUUCGACUACUGCGUUUCCACGAUGCUCAGGGAGCUGGACAAACAGCCCGGGGAACCGCUUCAUGGAUACAGGGUUUGCAUUCAGGCAGUCUUACAGGACAAACCCAAAAUCGCCACCCAGAACUUAUUAGAGUAUUUGGAGUUAUUGCGAUCAGUUCAGAAUCGUCCAGUCAAGUGUUUGACAAUCAUGUGGGCUUUGGGUCAAGCAGGUUUCUACGAUCUCAGCCAAGGCUUAAGAGUGUGGCUGGGAAUCAUGCUGCCUGUGCUGGGGAUAAAGUCCUUGUCUGCAUACGCCAUCGCCUAUCUAGAGAGACUCCUCCUGCUUCACACAAACCUGACAAAAGGAUUUGGCAUCAUGGGUCCCAAAGAGUUCUUUCCCCUGCUUGAUUUUGCCUUCAUGCCUAAGAACGCCCUGUCACCGAGUUUGCAGGAGCAGCUGAGGUGUUUGUAUCCUCGGCUUAAAGUCCUCGCCUUUGGAGCCAAGCCAGAGAGCACGUUGCACACGUACCUGCCAUCUUUUCUGUCCAGAGCCACGCCGCACUGCCCGGACGACAUGAAGAGGGAGCUCCUCAGCAGCAUGACAGAGUGUCUGUGUGUGGAUGUGCAGAGUCUUGGCGUGUGGAGACAGCUCUACACCAAACAUUUACCCCAGUCCAGUCUGCUGUUGAACCACUUGCUGAAGUCGUGGAAUACUCUACCACCAAAGUUGCGGAAGAACCUUGAAGAGACAAUCCAGUCUUUUAGAGUGACCAACGACGAAAUGAGGGACACAAACGAAUCUCAAGACCUUCAGGAGUGCAACAGCCUGUGCCAGAACCUUCAGGUGAAAAUGCGUGGCCACGGGUUCCCCUGGUCCAAGCUGCUCCUGGUUCUGCUCGUGUUUGCCGCCGGCUUCGUCGCCCAUGACGUCAGGUCUCACGGCUCAGUCGCAGAUUCCACCACGGCCAUGUAUCUGCGCCGCUCGGGCGUCACCGCCGGCUCUCAGCAGGCCUGGAGCAAAAUAACCGUCUACACCAAGCAGGGCUUCAGCUGGCUGGAGAAAAACGCUCCUCAUUACUACUCAGAGUGUACGCGGGUGUUGGGUCCAGUCUUUGAACAAGGGGCAGAGAAACUAAAAGCAGCGGCUGUCGUCCUCUCAGAAAAAACCCUGCUGUUUAUCCUGUGGGUCAAAGAAACAACACCGCUGGUCAUAGAAUGGGUGAACACCAACACGCCGGACAGUGUUUUCCAGGCGUUGGCAUACCUAAAGGAGCUUCUCAUCUACGUCCAGCAGAACUACGUCCUGCCAGCUCUGGCAUACGUGGCUGAUCUUUUACAACGAGCGUGGACCAACCUGCAGGAUUCCUGCAACGGGGAGGUGUCGGUGUCCUGUCUUCGGGGACACGCCCUGCACUUCACAAACUCGACGUGGCAGCUGCUCCAACACACGACGUCGGCCAUCAAAACUUGGGCUCAGGAGCUGCUGACGCGGGCAGGAUAACAGAACCGGACUAAUUUUACCCAUGCAAUACAAACACGCUGUGUGUGCAGGCGGAUGCUGUACACUCACACAGCGUCUGAGGCUGCCUCUCUGCGCACAGGGUUCCUCUGAAGCCACGGUCGUCAGACGGAAAACCAACUCCUGUCUCGUUUUCUUGCUAAGUUUUAUAAAUGGGUUUGAAUGGAUGUUUCUACCAAUCUUUUUUUUUUUUGUCACUGCAGGAUGUGGAGGCUGUAGUUUUUUUUCUCUCUCUCUCCUUUUUCUACUGCAAGUUGCUUUACCUCCUGAUGAGAUCAAAUGUAAUUUAUACAGGUUUGUAGAUUUAUACACCAUUUUUAUUUAAAGAUUUAAGAAAAAAAUAUGAUCUAAGGAAACCUGGUAAGGGGCAAGAAAAAAAAAAGAACCUGAGCCACAGCAGAUCCAGUUAAAUUUAGGACCAUUCAUCUUAUGGAUUCUCUCUGCUCUCAUCAACAGAAAUGUGAACUUUUCUUACCUUUGCAGGUUUAUUUAUUCCUCCAGUGGACUUUUUAUGUGAAUAUCAUUAACUAGCAAAAAAGGCCCACAUUUAUAUCCAGAAUAUGUGUUUUCUUUCUCUCCCUUAUGUUUUAUUUUGUCCUGUUUAAUGCCUCGCUCCCUCAACCUCUUGUUUAGGAGAAGUCUGUGUAAAUGCACUCUUGACAUUCUUAAUUUGUGCCUGUGUGGCUUCAGCAGGCUCGUUGUGUUGGGAUCAUGAUCAGUUCUGUACCAACAUCCAGUUUUACUCUGAAACAUGAAGACGCUCGUCAACAUUUCAGUCCAGUUCAUUCAGUGACGGUUCGUUGUACAGCAGAUCGGAUGAAUUUGGCAACAACCAGUGUCUUCAAUUGUGAUGGAAAUCCUUUAUAAUAAAGACUUCAAAUUGAA